AUGAGGGUUGAAUAUGUAUUCAAUGGUAGCAAUAGCAACAAUAAGAAAAAAUCUUCAUCGUCCUACGAAAUCGUAUUCAAAUGCGAAAAUGUUCCUUUCAAUGAUGAUAAUGAUAAUGAUGAUGGAAAAUUAAAGAAGAAAAACGAAGGAAACGUCAAGGGACAAAUUCAAAUGGAAAAACUAAAAGAUAAAACGGUAUCGGACGAUGAAAGCGAAAAACUUCUCAUUUCUUUAGUCAGCCUAUUGAAAAUACAAAAAGAAAAAUGUCGUUUGAAUUACGACGAAGUAUCGGACUUGAUAUCGAGGAGUCCGAUGAGGAACCAUCACCACCACCAUCAAGAUUAUUCUCACGGAAGUACAAAAUCAAACGAUUAUCCGUACGCAAUAUCGAAAGUUUGCAACGGCGUGACAAGAGUCGUGGAACCAGACAGAACGAAUACCUCGUCAUUGUACAAACGCAUAUAUUCGUCUUUGCAAUCUCAGAACGUCGCCGUCGGGUCGGGUCACAACCACCUCAACCACCUUCACCACCACCACGUGAGCGACGUUGAUUUAUGCGACAUUAAUCUAUGGUUGAACCUUUGUAAAAAAGAUCCGAAACUUCUAAACGAUUUCGUACAAGACUGUCAAAGCGAGUUAAGCAAAAAAGAAAUGACAAAUUCAUUGACGACUCUGUCGAAUUUCUACGAGCAUAGGUUUAAUAGUAGCAGUAGCAGUAGUAGUAGUAGUAGUAGUAGUAGUGGUGGUGGUGGUGGUGGUGGUGGUAGGAACACGUGUGCAAGUGUUUCUAGUCAGUUCACGUCUCCGGCUCAGAGUCCAUCCGAAAGAAGUCUCACUAGUCCGGAAUCGGUGACGUGCGAGGAAAAUUCUCUGUAUUUCACAAAGUCUCCGAGGAUACCCUCUCUCGAUUCGAUCACAAUUAAAGCCGACGGCGAUGACAAGUAUAGAAACAUUAAUAACGAGUCUAUACCGACGAACGUGAACGGAAACAACAAAAACAACGCUCAUUGCUCAAACGCCGUACACGACUUCAACAUAAAACCAGACGACGGGUAUAAAAGUUCGGAAAUGACGGCGGGAUCACCGGAUUCCGUACCGAACAUAGGCACGGUCAUGUUGAACCUCGCCGAAGAUCCCUACGAAAGUACAAUAGACUUAAAUCAAUUUGCAAACGUUUGCGAUACUCAUACGGAACCUCCUCCGCCGACGACACCGACAUCGCCAUCUUUCUCAUCUUUCUCAUCGUUCUCAUCAUCGUCGUCUUCGUCCGCAACGAUCAUUUAUACGGAAAGAGAUGCUCUCAAUGCCAAACUCGAUCCGAAGGCUAAAGAAAACGCUUGGGCUCGAAUCAACCAACUCGACAUUGAUUUAUUAGGAAAGGGUGACGAAGAAGGAGACACGCAGCUCAUGAUACUCCUCGUUUCCGAUAAAAUGACUCUCGAAUACGUGUACGUCAUAGUCGAAAGGUUGUUAAAAGAAAAUCCCGAGUACCUGUCUUGUAGAAACGAAUUAAAUCAAGAUGCUUUUUAUUUGGCAUCGUGUAAAUUAGUUAGGGAACCACUGUUAGCAAGUUACAUUGGAGAAGCUUUGAUUAGAGGAGGACAAGACGUGAACAAAAAAUACGACGGUGGAAAUACGAUACUUCAUCAUUUGGCUCAACGUGGCGACAGUCACGUGAAAAUUUUAGAAAAUUUACUCAAGCUCAAUAAUAAUUGUAACAAGAUGGCGUUCGAUGUAAAUAAAAAAAACAACAGGGGAUUCACUCCGCUUCACGUUGCAUGCGAACAACAUAAGACCAACGUUUUGCAUUCUUAUCAAACGGUUAAGGUCCUAAUGAAAAAUGGAGCGGAUUGUUCUUUGAAAGAUUACAAAGAUGAAAAUACUCCGUUGCACGUACUCGUUAACGAAUCGUGCGAUUUAGAUCUAAUGCGUAUCAUAUUAGAAAACAGGUGUGUCAUAUCGAACAUAAGCGGAAACAACCUACCUCCAACGGCCGUACCCAACAGGCAGGGUAACACGGUCCUUCAUUUAUCCUGCGGCCGAAACACGUUAAGUUUACAACAUCAGAAAGACCUGAUAAGGCUUUUGCUCUGGCACGGAGGCAUGAUACAAUUGAAAAACAUUAACGGUUGCGUACCUUCCGUCCUAGUCGACAGCACAAGAAAACAAUCACCGUUUGAGGCAAUCGUGAACGAUGUGAAAGAAAAAGAAAAAAGAACAAAUCCGACACCCGUCAUAAACAUCGAUGCCAUCAUCAACGACGUCGUCGUCGUCGUCGUCGUCGUCAUCGUCAUCUACGUCAUGAUAAACGCGUUUUAA